AUGUCCAUAGUAGCUCUGAAUUGGUUGCUAGUAUUAAUAUUUUACCUCAUCUUCAGUAGUGGCAGCAGCAGCAACUGUGGCAGCGACAGCAGCUCAAACAACAACAAAACUGAAAGCGUCUUUAGAAGAUACGACAGAGAAGUCCUCAACGACAUCGAUCUCAACUACAACAACAACAACAACAUCAACAACAACAUCAACAACAACAACAACAUCAACAUCCACAAUAACAACAACCUCAACGUCAAAAAUAACAACAACCUCAACAACAACAUCAACAUCAGCAACUAUCGCAUUUCAGACAACAACAUCGAUAUCAACCUAAACAACAGGCUUAACUUCAACAACAAUAACGCCAAACAACAUUCAACAGCCACAGCAAUCACGGCAACCACAUCAACAGCCGCAGCAGCUACUACAACUGCUGCUACUACUAACUUACAUUCACACUUACAGACCUACAAGCAAACUUGUCACGAUGACGACCACUGCCAGACUGGUUUGGUAUGUAAAUAUAGUUUCCACGGUUGCAGCAUUGGAAUGUGUGAUUGCCCUGCUGCCAACUACAAAUACGUGCAUGGGGCAUGUUUGAAAGCAAAACUCCCAAACCAACAAUGCGAUCCGAAUACCGACAUCUGCCUGAGCGACCGGAUGUCGUGUGACGUCAUCGAGAAGAGAUGUACCUGCAGGGAUGGACUGAUUAUGACUCCAGAUGGAUUGCAUUGUCUGACGUCUGGCGAGAAAUUAUUGAAUGAAAGAUGCAGGUAUGGAAUAGAUCGAUGUCUCCACAAAUCAGAUGAAGUAGGUGAGGUGGGCUGUGAUGACGAUUACGACUGCCAGCGGGGAGCUGUAUGCAAACGUGGUGUGUGCGCUUGUCCUGCCCAGUUCGUGCAACAAGGUGUCCGAUGUCUGAGGAGAAGUGCAUUGAAGAACAUGGCAGAGUAUGAAGAAUGUGAUGAAAUGAACGAGUCAUCAUAUUGCACUCAUCCACUCAUCUGCGUGUACUGUCCAUCCAUCCAUCGUCAUCGCCAACAAAAGCAGCCAAGCAAUAAUAAUUUUAUUCACCGAUACAUCUCUCAACGAAAUUCGAAGUUUCAAAUUCGCCAGCAACAACCGCAACUUCAACAGCUUCAGCAGCAUCGGUACAUACAGGACCGCAACCAACGACAUCGGCUUCAGAAACCACAAUAUCGCCGACGACAGCCGCUACAAAACUCAUCAUACAUUUGCCUUAGACGAAAUAAAGACCUCAAUUCAAGUGCACUCGCUAUCAGUUCAGCCUUCUACAAAACUUUUACGAACCUUCUAACACUAACUUCGAUAACAUUCAUAUUAAUAUACCAGUCUACUGAUUAGUAAAAUGUUACAACUGCCAAAUUAACACCAUUAAAUUAUUACACUGGUAUCAUUGGUGUUACUUCUACUGUUAAUCAUAAUGACGUUUCACUACUACCAACUUUUGUAUUAAAAUAGCUAGCAACUUUAACUACUGAUACUACAGCUGCUAUUUUUUAAUUGUUGUUGUUGUUAUUAUUAUUAUAUUGUUGUUGUUGCUUCGUUGUUGUUGUUGUUUCGUUGUUGUUAUCGUCAUUAUCGUCAUGAUUAUAAAAUUUUUGAUCAGCUUUUGUUCGAAAGUGGACCUCUAUACCCAUUCAAAAUUUGAGAAGCACACAUCAGCUUAAACCCUCUUUUUACUCUUUUUCUCUCUUAUUAUUAUCAUUUUUUUCUCUUUAUUUUCUUACUCUCUCUCUCUCUCUCUCUCUCUUCCAGAAAUGAGCAUAUGUACAACAUAUGCAACAUGUACAACCACAUUUAGUGAAAUCUCUAAAUACAAAAAGAGAGAUAGAGAUAAAGAGAGAGGAAGAGAUAAAAAGGAAAGAGAGAGAAAGAGAGAGAGAGAGAGAGGAAAAAAAAAGAGAAACAAAGAGAGAACGAGGAAGAGAAAGUGAGAAAGAUUGCUCAGACGUAACGUAACGGCAAGUAACUGUUCAAAUGUUCACAUGUAUUCAUUG